CUACUUAGUAUCGGCAUUAGGUCUGAAAAAGUAUCUCAAAAUCUCAAAUUGAGAUAUUUGUACCCUGUCGAAAUAAGGAACUAACAUUUUGAAACCUAAAAACUAAAUAAAAACUUUAAUUUGAUUGAAAAAAAAAAUUAGUCCCUAUAAUUUUAUAAAACAUCACAAAUACCUCGAGUUUGAGAAACUUUCAUAAAUAAUCCCUACUCCAAAUACUAUUUGUGAUUUAACCAAAACAUUACCAAACCCAAAAUCUGAUACCAAAAAUGUUAUUGUUUAGAAAAAACAAAAACUUUAUUUAUUUAUUUAUCAUUAUUAUUACUAUUUGUGUUCUGAUCUUUUGCUCUACUUUUUCACAGAGUUUUGACUGUCCACUUUAUUCCAUUUCCUUCUAUCUUCAAUUAUUCCAAUUACAUUAGAAAAAAAAGAAAAAAUAAAUAAAAAGGAAGAACACAUACCACCUUGCUUUCAUCAUUUGUUUCCAGCUUUGUUUGGUCCAUUUCUCUUCCCCUUUUUGAAUGUUUUAAAAAUCUUCUUCACCUUCCCCCCGCCCACCAUUUUUCCUCCCAAAAACAACUCUUCUUUCUUCUCUUCUUCAUCAAAUUCCCCUUUUUGUUCAUCCAAAAUCCCCCAAUUUCUCUUUCAUUCCCAAGAUUCCCCCACCAAUUGAUUCCAUACAAACACUCACACACUACACAAUUUGAUUUCUUACCUCCAACUCUCAACAAUGGCUGAUGAACAGCACCAAUCACAGCCACCAUCCUCGCCGCCGCCGCCGCCUGGAGCUGGAAGAAGAGAGUCAGCUAAAGAUGAAGAAGAAGUCAAUCCAGAAACCAAAUCCAAAUCUGCAGUUCGAUGUAAGAACAACACCUUCUUUGGCAGACAUAGAAUCUCAGCAGCCAUAACCAGACUCCAAAACGAAAUCAAUAUCAUCAAUGAAGAAUUGCAACAGCUCGAGAACAUAGGUGAAUCCUCUACCGUCUGCGCGGGAUUCAUCUCCAGCGUUGAAUCGAUUCCAGAUCCUUUGCUUCCAGAAACGAUCGGUCCGGCGGAUGCGAACUGGGACCAGUGGUUCCGAGGAGCUCACGGUAGUCGCAACCAUAGACGGUGGAUCUGAUUCCGGCGAACGAGAGAGAUCCAUUUUUGCAAUCGCCGUUGAUUUAUAGGGUUUUGAGAUCAUCUUUUUUGUGAUCGAUUGCCGCCAUAACCAGAAUGUGGAGAAGAAGAACAGAAGACUUGGGAACUGAAACGACGACGUCGCAUUCGGAUCGUGUGUAAAAGUUUUUUUUUUUUUUUUUUUCCCCAAUACGAUUUUUUUUUUUUGGUUAGUUUAUUUUCUUUUUCUCGAAUUUAACUUUACAGUUCGACUUAGUCUUAUUGUUUUUCAUUACAUGUUUAACUUGUAUUUUCAAAUUUUAUAAGUAACUAUUUAGUUUUUGUAUUGUAAAUGAUUUAA